GUACCAGUUGUGGUUGUGCUGAGGCUGCCGUUGUCCGAACACAAUAGGUUUAAAUGGCUUGAAUGACUUUUGCUGAGGUAGGCCAUACACUGACCACUCUUUACAUGCCCAUUGGCCUUUGUGUCAUCCACCAAUGAUGACACUAAACUCUCCGAUUGCCCAAUGAGAAGCCAACCUGUUCAGGGCUAACUCCUGUGUGCGUGUGGCAAUGCAAAGGUGAAUUGACAUGAAUUUUAGAGCAAAUUUGUGACGAAGAGGGAGGGGUAAGCUCACACAAAGGGAACAGCCAAUGAGAAAAUAGCUCUUUGGAUUUAUGCCAGGUUUUUAGGCUUCUAUGACUUUAGUACAAGCUGCAAAAGUUAAAAUAGUGAGCGGCGACAAGAUGCCCUAUGCGCCGUCCGGGUUCUUUUGCGACCGCCUGAUCCGAGAGAGGGAGAGGCGGGAUGGGGAAGGGUCGCUGAACAAGCCCCUGAGGUUUAAUGGACAGGACUACAACACCCUGAGACAAGAGUGCCUCCAGAGAAAGGCCCUGUUUGAGGAUGACUCUUUCCAGGCCACAGUCGAGUCUUUGGGCUUCAAGGAGCUUGGACACAAAUCUACCAAAGUCAAGAACAUCGUCUGGAAACGACCCAAGGAAAUCUGUGACAACCCUCAGUUCAUUGUUGGAGGAGCCAGCAGGACUGACAUCUGCCAAGGAGAUUUGGGUGAUUGCUGGCUGUUAGCUGCCAUUGCCUGUCUGACCCUCUAUGAGAAACUCCUGUAUCGCGUUGUUCCUCAUGAGCAAAGUUACUCAGAAAACUAUGCUGGUAUCUUCCACUUCCAGUUCUGGCGCUAUGGCGACUGGGUGGACGUUGUCAUUGACGACCGGAUCCCGACUGUUAACAACCAGCUGGUCUUCACCAAGUCGGCCGAGAGGAACGAGUUUUGGAGUGCCCUGCUGGAGAAGGCCUAUGCCAAGCUGCACGGGUCCUAUGAGGCUCUGAAGGGCGGGAACACAACUGAAGCCAUGGAGGACUUCACCGGAGGAGUCACUGAGUUUUACGAGAUGAAGGAAGCACCAAAAGAGCUGUAUAAGAUCAUGAAGAAAGCUUUGGAGAGGGGGUCUCUGAUGGGCUGCUCCAUUGAUUCCCUUGUUCCUGCUCGGUUUGAAACCCGUACAGUGACUGGACUAGUAAAGGGUCACGCCUACUCAGUCACUGCUGUGGAGGAGUGUAGACCAUCUCAGAAUAAGGAGUCUAAAGUCCGUCUGGUGAGACUCAGAAAUCCCUGGGGUCAAGUCGAGUGGAACGGGCCCUGGAGUGACAACUCUAAGGAAUGGGCCACAUUGCCUAAAGCUGAAAAGGAGAAGCUACAACACCAGAAUGCAGAGGAUGGAGAGUUCUGGAUGUCGUUUGAGGACUUUAAGAAGAACUACACAAAGAUUGAGAUCUGUAACUUGACUCCUGAUGCUCUGGAGGAUGAUAAGAUCCACAAAUGGACUGUGUCUGUGAACGAGGGCCGCUGGGUCAGAGGCUGCUCCGCUGGAGGCUGCAGGAACUACCCAGACACGUUCUGGACCAACCCUCAGUACCGCCUGCGUCUUCUAGAGGAGGACGAUGACUCAGAGGAGGGCGAGGUCGGCUGCACAUUUGUGGUGUCUCUAAUGCAAAAGAACAGAAGGAAAGAGCGAAAGAUGGGGGCCAACCUGUUCACCAUCGGGUUUUCCAUCUAUGAGGUGCCAAAGGAGAUGCACGGGAACAAGCAGCACAUGCAGAAAGACUUUUUCCUGUUGAACCAGUCCAAGGCUCGCUGUAAGUCCUUCAUAAACCUGAGAGAGGUGACCCAACGUUUCCGCCUGAGUCCUGGAGAGUACGUGAUCAUACCAUCCACCUAUGAGCCGCACCAGGAGGGAGAGUUCAUCCUCCGUGUCUUCUCUGAAAAAAGAAACACUUCAGAGGAGAUAGAGAACAGGAUCGAGGCUGACCAUCCCGUGCCUGCUCCAGCCUCAGUGGGGGAAGAGAGUGAAGAGGAUCAGCAGUUCAGGUCUAUUUUUCAAGAAAUAGCUGGUGAUGAAAUGGAGAUAACGGCCAACGAACUGCAAAAUGUCCUUAACAGGGUCAUCACCAAACACAAGGACAUGAACACAGAGGGCUUCAGUCUAGAGAGCUGCAGGAGCAUGAUCGCUCUGAUGGACAUGGAUGGGACAGGUCGACUGAACCUCCAGGAGUUCAGGCAUCUGUGGAACAAGAUCAAACAGUGGCAGGGAAUCUUUAAGCACUACAACGCUGACCAGUCUGGGAGCAUCAACAGCUACGAGAUGAGGAAUGCGGUCAACGAUGCAGGCUUCCGUCUCAAUAACCAGCUGUAUGACAUCAUCACCAUGCGCUAUGCUAAUGAGAACAUGAACAUUGACUUUGACAGCUUCAUCAGCUGCCUGGUUCGACUGGAAGCCAUGUUCAGGGCGUUCCAGGCCUUCGAUCAAGACGGAGACGGCACCAUCAGACUCAGUGUCCUCGAGUGGCUCCAGUUGACCAUGUACGCCUGAAGAGUCCACUCUCCUCUGGACUGGGUUUUACCUCAAACAGUUUGUUCCCACUUCUGCUCCAUCACAGCUCCUCAGUUCUCCAGCCUGUUGUAACAAUCGUCUAAACCACAACCCACUGCCGUUGUAUGAUGUUAAUUCUCAGGCAUCUAAAACAGAACAACCUCUUUAUUUCUGUCACAAUACCUCACAAUGGCCUUCUCUGGUUUGUCAAUAACUCUGUACCUCCAUUUGUCAAACACACUUAGCAGUUAUUAUGUACGGGAUGGACGGGACUCUGGUGGACAAUCAAUAAACUUGUGGACAAACAAAUGGACAAAAUCAACUUUUUUACUUCAUUUGUCAAUUUAAUAAACAAUCUCCUUCAGGUCUGGUUUAAAAUCCAGUUAUUGUAGUCAAAUCUGAAAAUCUAAAUAUAAAUGGCAUUGCAUUUUAACACUUAUAUUUCAUCUGAUACCUGAUAAUGA